CUGCCCCUCACCACAUCUUGGUGAAAUCAAGCAGCAAACGUCGAUGUCCGGGCUGUAGCACUGUUCACGCGUCGCACAGGCUCACUCUGGCCAAGAUGGGGCUUGCAUACAAGCUCCCGGACAUGUCCAUCGAGGCGACGCGCAACGUCGCCUCGUUGCUUCGCCUGGUCAUCAUUUUCCUCAUCGCCGGUGCCGCCAUCAGCUCGCGUCUGUUUGCGGUCGUACGGCACGAGUCGAUCAUUCACGAAUUCGACCCAUGGUUCAACUUCCGAGCGACCAAGGUGCUCGCGAAGGAUGGCUACUACCGCUUCUGGAACUGGUUCGACCCUACCGCGUGGUAUCCGCUUGGCAGAGCCGCAGGAGGCACUGUCUACCCCGGCUUGAUGGUCACCAGUGGACUCAUUCAUGACUUCCUCAAGUCGAUCCAUAUCCCCGUCGAUAUUCGCAAUAUCUGCGUGCUCCUGGCGCCUGCAUUCAGCGGCAUGACGGCGUGGGCAACAUACAUGUUCACCGCAACGAUGAAGGACGACGCAGCUGGCCUGCUCGCCGCUGCGUUCAUCGGCAUUGCGCCUGGCUAUAUCUCGCGGUCCGUGGCGGGCUCUUACGACAACGAGGCCAUCGCCAUCUUCCUGUUGAUGAUGACUUUCUACCUCUGGAUCAAGGCAAUGAAAGAAGGUAGCGCCAUGUGGGGCACAGCAUGCGCUCUUUUCUACUUUUACAUGGUCGCAGCAUGGGGUGGAUACGUCUUCAUCACCAACAUGAUCCCUCUGCAUGUCUUUGUCCUCAUUUUGAUGGGCAGGUACAAUGCCAAGCUCUAUGUUGCGUACAGCAGCUGGUACGCCGUUGGAACGCUCGCGAGCAUGCAAGUGCCCUUCGUCGGGUUCUUGCCCGUUCGCACAAGUGAGCACAUGGCAGCACUGGGCGUAUUUGGUCUGCUUCAACUCGUGGCCUUUGUCGAGCUGGUCCGGUCGCAUGUCCCGUCGCAACAGUUCAAGCUGCUGCUACGCGGGUUCAUCGUCGUCAUCUUCGCUAGUGCCUUCGGUGCUCUCGUCGCACUCACCUAUGGCGGCUACGUUGCGCCGUGGGCAGGGCGCUUCUACUCGCUUUGGGACACUGGUUAUGCCAAGAAGCACAUUCCCAUCAUCGCUUCCGUCUCCGAGCACCAGCCUCCCGCCUGGCCGGCAUUCUUCUUUGACUUGGAGAUGCUCAUCUUCCUCUUCCCCGCCGGUGUCUACCUGCUCUUCCGUGAGCUCCGCGAUGAGCACGUUUUCGUGAUCAUCUACUCUGUCAUGGCAUCAUACUUUGCCAGCGUGAUGGUGCGUCUGAUGCUCACGCUUACGCCCGUCGUGUGCGUUACCGCCGCCAUCACGAUUAGCUCGCUCUUGGAGACAUAUCUUGACCCAAAGGAGCCCGACACGAGCGAGGCGAGUGUACAAGAGCUCACUGAGGACUCGAUCCGCUUGCGACCGUCCAAGAACAAGAAGAGUGGCGGCAAGAGCCAACAACAGCUGGGCGUCCCGGCUAAUAGCCCAGCCCCUUCGAACGUCCACAACUUCAAGGGGGUUUCCGAGUCUGCAGGAGUCUUCGGCCUGGACACAAGGCUGCUCGUAUCGCUCUACACGCUCAUCCUCCUGCUCGUCUUUGUCCUCCAUUGCACAUUCGUCACCUCGACAGCCUACUCGUCUCCUUCGGUUGUGCUCGCUUCGCGGAAUCCGGAUGGCAGCCAGCACAUCAUCGACGACUUCAGAGAGGCAUACUACUGGUUGCGCCAGAACACGCCUGUCGAUUCCAAGGUCAUGAGCUGGUGGGAUUAUGGAUACCAGAUCGCUGGAAUGGCCGACCGUCCAACGCUCGUCGACAACAAUACGUGGAAUAACACUCACAUUGCGACGGUCGGCAAAGCCAUGUCCUCACCGGAAGAUAAGGCAUAUCCGAUCUUGAAGAAGCAUGAUGUCGACUAUGUGCUUAUCAUCUUUGGAGGGCUUCUUGGUUUCUCGGGCGACGAUAUCAACAAAUAUCUGUGGAUGAUCCGUAUCGCGCAAGGCGUCUGGCCCAACGAGAUCCGCGAAGCCGACUUCUUCACGCCUCAGGGACAGUAUAAGAUCGAUGAUGGUGCGACGCCGACGAUGAAGAACAGUCUCAUGUUUAAGAUGAGCUACUAUCGUUUCCACGAGCUAUUCGGCGGGCGUCCAGGAAUGGACAGAGUUAGAGGCAGUCCAACCGUUUCCACGCCGCCUACCCUCGACAUCCUCGAUGAGGCUUUCACGAGCGAGAACUGGAUUGUCCGCAUCUACCAAGUCAAGAAAGACGACCCACUGGGAAGAGACAUUCCGUGGGCGAAUUCCUUCAAUGCAGGAAAGCGACGGAAGAAACUGCCGCCUGCAACGGCACCCAAAGGCAAAAAGACAAGUAAAAAAGCAUAGAAUCCGCAAGGAUGCCUAAAUAAAAUGUGUAUUGCACG